AUGGUUGCUGUGUCACCUCUGAAUGUGAGGAAACAGCCAGCACGAGGCCGCCGCUCGGACUUAAAGGAGGCUUCGGAGUUCUGCCAGAAGCAUUCCGUGGAUCCAGCGAGCGGAAGGUUGAGGCGCCGUGACGAGACGGGAGGAGAUUCUGCCCCAAAGAGGGAGAUCGCUGAUGAACCCGUUGUUCCAAAGCAUGACGAAGACGAAUUAGACGAGGAGACGAGGCAGUGGAUAUCUAUGCUCAUGGACUGGAGUGAACUUGAUGAUGACUUCCCCUUGCCAAUCCAGCCUGUGGGUCUGACUGGCAAGUCCUUGGUUGCUGUGGAAGAGGCCCGAGGAGGCCAGCGGAAGGACACGCAGGAUCACAUGCCAAUGUAUUUCAGCAAUGAUACGCUUCUCUUCUGUUAUGAUGCCCCUGACCUCACUUAUGACGAGCACUUCAGCAGGGUGGUUCCUGAGCCCUGGCGAUUCCAGUUCUGGGCAAGAGGCAAAGACUCCUCAAUUGCCGUUCGUGGGCUUCAUGACCACCCCGUCUUCAGUUGCGCUCUUGUGUACAGUGCGAAGGAGCCUUCCAGGAAGUGCACACAAUGGAUGCGACAUCACUACGACCUCGAAGGCUUCAACAACCCAGAUGCUGAGUACAUUGUGACUCAUUCCAUGGACACUACGGUGAUCUGGCGACUUGACCACUUGUGGGAGGUUGCGGAAGAAGCUGCCCUGGGCAACAAACAGGACCCUUCGAAGAAGCUUGAGAUCAGUCAGACCAAAGAAAGCCCAUCGCUGCUCUCAGAGAGUAGUGCGGAGCUGUGGCUGAAGACCUUGGAAGGCAUGUAUCCUGUGCAGCGUGACAAGCUUGCUGGCUGCUUCGCCAUUGUGGGCGAGUACCUGCCUGGACAGCGAAGUCCCAACUACCGUCCUGACGAUCACAGAGGUGGCGUUGUGAUGCGCGAGGACCGCAGCGGUUUGCUAAUACUCUCAGUCGCACGUGGUCCUGAAGUCGAAGUUUAUGCCGUCACCCCGAAGCUGGAUGUUAUUCCCAUGGCCCUGGUUGACGCUGACAUCGGCCUCACCUCAUGUCUUGAGAUCGUAUUCCCAGAGGGCCCAUUUCGCGGACUGCGAGCAAGACUACAGCCGGAUGAGAGUGCAACACCGCCGUACAAAGAGGAAAAUCCGCAGGAGAGCAGCAUCAAAGACUCCCCGCCGCAAAGCUUGAAAAGCUCGAAAAGCUCGAAAAGCCAAUGCUCCACACCACCAGGUGACAAAUCACCAGGCAAUACUCCGCCGAGCUCACCUGUAAAGGAUGCUCAGCCGAAAUCCAAGAUCGGCAGCGGCCAGCACCAGGUUUGCACGCCACGAGGUGCCAGCUUCCAGAGUACGAACAUCGGAAGAGGAAGCUUGCCCCGACAGGUCUCCUCACGAGGAACGGAGACACCCGCAUCUCCGAGCCGUGUGCAGGUCUCGCGCGUGGGCGUGCGCCAAGGGCAUCAAAGCGACGGGCGGCUGGCAGUUGGUGUCCGAAUCUCGGACAAGUCGCGGCCGCUUACCAGCCAAGGCACCAAAACCAAGACGCCCUCGACGACGCAGAUUGCAGGACGUCGCAAUGAUUCUCGACAAAGUAGUACAAGCCUGGCACCAACAUCAAGCGUGCGAGUGUCUGAACGACGUUCAAAUUCCCCAAGAGGACGUCGCGGUGAGACUCGCUCAACCACGAGCUCUGGCAUGGUGAGUGGAAGCCGUGAUGCUGCAGUUCGCAGCGCUGGUCAUCGCCUGGUCACCAACCUUUCUGGCGGCAGCCCCACAAGCCAAAUCAGCGCAUCAAAAACGGUGCGCCGAGACGUGAAGCCACUUGUGAAGGCAGCAACAUCCGAGGGAGUCCGGCUGCGCAGCCGCUCAGUCUCCAGCGACAAUGCCGACCGCCGUGGCCAGGCAGUGUCACCAAAGCUGGCCGAAACCCCUCCGCGGCCAGAGUCUGUUGAGCCUGCUACGGCCUAA